CUGGCCCCCGCGCCGCCCGCCUGUCCGCCGGUCUCUGCAAGGCCAUCGGUCCGUCCGCCCGCCCUCCCAGCGCUCCUCCGCCCCGGCCCCGCUAUCCCGGCCGCGCACGUCGCUUCCUCGGUUCCGGCCGCCGCUAGCCCGUUCCCGCCCCCGAGCCGGACGCCGCCGCUACGCGAGGCCGGGGAUUGGCAGAGCGCGUAGGCCGCGCUGCCGCGGAUGGAGUCGGAAUAAAGGGGCGGCUGAGAGAGCAGCCGGUCGCCACUCGCCCUGCGCCUGACCCCGCGGGCGGCCUGGAGCAGGUGAGCGGCUGGGCGCCCGGGGCCGCGGCUGGGCGCCACUCCCGCGCCCGCCGCACCCCUUCCCCAGCCGGCCCGGCCGCCCCUCCACUCCCUCCAGCCCGACCCGGCGGCCUCCUGAGCUCCUGGGCGGCCCAGGCCGACCUCGACGCGCAGCUGUCUCCCGGGCCAAGCCUGCAGCCCUGGGGCCUUUCUCGGGCCCAAUCGCCCGCGGGGCCGGCCCUCGGGCCGCAGCGGCCUGUCCAUUCCCGGCGAGGGCUGACAGGAGGCAGCCCAGCUGGUCCGGCGGGCAGUGCCGGCAGGGAGGUGAUCGGCUUUCAUUCGGUUUCCCAGGGAAGAGGAAGGGCUGGGGUGGAGCGCAGGUGGGGGCCUCCGCUUGCUUCCCUCACCCUAGUCUCUCAUCCUCUUUCCUGAGUGGUCAGAGAGGCCUCUGGCCGCACCUUCCUGGAGGGGGACCAGGGUGGGCAGCUGAGCUGGGGGCCUGGGACCGUGGACCCUGUGUCUGGCAGCCAUUCAUGCCAGAAAAAAAAAAAAAACAGUUGGGUUGGCGCAGCCUGACCUAGACCUCGCUCAGAGUAGUUCUGCUUCCCUCUUUCCUGGGGAGGCUUCAGUACCUGCUCACUCAUGCAACCUGCUGCCUCCACCCAGAGCAGCGGCUUCUUUACUUCUUCCCUUCCCAGAAAGAUUCUGAGGUUGACAGCUUUUAGCCUGACUCUUACGUUUCUUUGGCAGAACAGUUAGAGGCCAGGCUGGCCUGUAAAGGCAUCCCUUCCUUCUCUUUUCAUCAGGAGAAAACUUAGAAACUUUUCAAUGUUAGAGGCAGAAGAGCUGGGAACCUGAAAGUGGGUUGCAUCUGAUUCUAAAAGUUGUUCCCUCUCGCUGUCAUUACCUUAUGCUGCCACAAAGUGGUGAGUUAGAGAUUUGCCUGAGCUGGGUGGUCUUUACCUUCCAUUGAUUAUCCAAAAUGUUACAGACUUGGAGCAAGGGAACAGGGUUCUCUCCGGAAAGGUGAUAGGGACGAACACUCUGUGGUUAGCAUGCUACUACCCACAUUGCAGGGGCAAACUCGAAAUUGCUUACAUUUUCCUACAGGCCUUGACACUGUCAGAUGAAGAGGAUUUAGGACUUGUUUUGGUGCUCUGGGAGAUGACUAGACUAGGGAACUUCUGCUGUGUGGACAUCUAGGCUGCGUGGGUCUGUGGACCCGUCAUCUAACCCCCAUCAUGCACUGGCUCAGGUCCCUGCAAAGCCAUCCCACUUAUGUGAAGAGAGAACAGGCACAUGGUCAGGGGGGAGGGCCUGGGGGGUAGUUGAGAGGGGUAUGGGCCAGCCCCUGAUGGGAGAAGGUUUCUGAGAUGGUCCUCAGUUUCAUGCAGUUGUUUUAGAUAUUGACUGACUGAGGCCAUUUGCUGUGGGGCCCUCAGGUCUGGGAGGCCUGGCCUCUUAGACCCACAGUCUGUUCUUAUGAGCAGUUGUGUCCUGGGUUGAGAUUCAGCAACAGGAGAGAAGCUGGCAGGCCUACAGAGAGGCCUCAACCAGAGCCUUUCUGCUUUUAUCUAUCUUAUGUACUGGGCUUCCAAGUAAGAAGUGUUUUGCAAAAAAAAAGUUAUGUUACUAAAAUUCUUGUUUUGGAUGCCAGGGCCCUAUCUGGUCACCUCCUUCUUUCUUUGGAGCAAGAGCAGAACUUGUGACUUCUUUGUAUUGUGGACAGAUCACUCCAGACUGUCACCCGUGAGACAGCUAAUUGAAGAGGGUUGACAAACCAAUCAUCAGGGAAGGCAGAGCUUCCCUGCCAUUGCUGGCACCCUGCCUCGAAGACCCCCGUCCUGUAGGCAGAGCCUUGUAGUCUGUCUUGGUUAAUGACUUGGGCUGCCUGACUAGCCCCUCUCUGUGCCUUGUCUGAGGUCCUCAUCCAUACCUGAUCCUGGGCAGCUUCUCUCUCUGGUGUGGGUCACCUUAAGCAGGGAAACUGAAGCCAUUACUCUCCAAACCCUGUUUCAUCUUCCCAAGCAUGUCGGAAAGCUGGCAGCAGCCGCCGCAGACGCAGCCGCAGCAGCCGCAGCCGCCACAGCCUCAACACCACGCAGAACCACCGCCGGCCCUGGCCGAGCACACACUGACCCCAGGCACAGCUGAGAACCCCCUGGGCUGUGCCGUCUAUGGCAUCCUUCUGCAGCCUGACCCGGGCCUGCAGCCCCCGCAGCACGCGCCCCUGCAGCCAGCAGGCGAGCCGGGCCCCAAGUGCGGCGUGUGCGGUCACGACCUGGCGCACCUGUCCAGCCCGCAUGAGCACCAGUGCCUGGCGGGCCACGACCGCUCGUUCCAGUGCACGCAGUGUCUCAAGAUCUUCCACCAGGCUACCGACCUGCUGGAGCACCAGUGCGUGCAGGCCGAACAGAAGCCUUUUGUCUGUGGCGUCUGCAAGAUGGGCUUCUCGCUGCUCACGUCGCUGGCGCAGCACCACAGCGCGCACAGCGGCACUGGGGGCCUCGUGAAAUGUUCCAUCUGCGAGAAGACAUACAAGCCCGCCGAGGCGGCUGAGCCCGCGGCCACUGCCGCCCCUUCGCUGCCCCCAGCACCCCCUCCGCCCGCCGUAGCCCCUGCAGAACAGGCCGACAAGCCCUACAGCUGCCCCAUCUGCCAGAAGCCCUUCAAGCACCUGUCGGAGCUCUCGCGACACGAGCGCAUCCACACGGGCGAGAAGCCCUACAAGUGCACGCUGUGUGACAAGAGCUUCAGCCAGUCUUCCCACCUGGUGCACCACAAGCGCACGCACAGCUCGGAGCGGCCGUACAAGUGCGCGGUUUGCGAGAAGACCUUCAAGCACCGCUCGCACCUGGUGCGCCACAUGUACGCGCACUCGGGUGAGCACCACCUGUUCCGCUGCAACGUGUGCGAGCUGCACUUCAAGGAGUCAUCCGAGCUGCUGCAGCACCCGUGCACGCCCAGCGGGGAGCGGCCCUUCCGCUGCGGCGAGUGCCAGAAGGCCUUCAAGCGGCCGUCGGACCUGCGGCAGCACGAGCGCACGCACAGCGCCGAGCGGCCCUUCAAGUGCGACCUGUGCCCCAUGGGCUUCAAGCAGCAGUACGCGCUGAUGCGGCACCGGCGCACGCACAAGACCGAGGAGCCCUUCAAGUGCGGCCUGUGCGAGAAGGGCUUCGGGCAACCCAGCCACCUGCUUUACCACCAGCACGUGCACACCCUCGAGACCCUCUUCAAGUGCCCCGUGUGCCAGAAGGGCUUCGACCAGUCGGCCGAGCUGCUGCGGCACAAGUGCCUGCCGGGCGCGGCCGAGCGGCCCUUCAAGUGCCCGGUGUGCAACAAGGCCUACAAGCGGGCGUCGGCUCUGCAGAAGCACCAGCUGGCCCACUGCUCGGCCGCCGAGAAGCCUCUGCGCUGCACCCUGUGUGAGCGCCGCUUCUUCUCGUCCUCCGAGUUCGUGCAGCACCGCUGCGACCCGGCCCGCGAGAAGCCGCUCAAGUGCCCGGACUGCGAGAAGCGCUUCAAGUACGCCUCCGACCUGCAGCGGCACCGGAGGGUGCACACGGGCGAGAAACCCUACAAGUGCCCCAACUGCGACAAGGCCUUCAAGCAGCGUGAGCACCUCAACAAGCACCAGGGCGUGCACGCCCGGGAGCAGCAGUUCAAGUGCGUGUGGUGCGGCGAGCGCUUCCUGGACGUGGCCCUGCUGCAGGAGCACAGCGCGCAGCACAGCGCCGCCGCAGCUGCGGCCGAGGGCGCCUACCAGGUAGCCGCCUGCCUGCCCUGAGUCCCCGCCGCGGCCCCCACCAGGCCCGGCCCGGCCUCCUCGCACCCAUCCCUGCACCGGCUCGGUGUUCUGAGGGAGGCCCUGGGCGUGAGGACAGAAGGGCACUGGGCAGGUGGAGGGUGUGGGUGCCUGGCACUCCCGGUACAGGCCUGGGCGGGGGGCGGGGGCGGCAGAUUGCUGUGGCUGGUCCUGACCCCACAGACCUCUUUCCCAUUACAGGAUUCGCUCUCUUGAGAGACCUCAGCCUCCCUUGUCUCUGGGGGCCUGGAACCAGGCUGGAAGUCCAAUGGCCUCUCUCCACCCCAACGAGGGGGUGGUGCUAGCCCAACCUUCCCAGACCUUUCAGCCUAAUUAGAAAUCGGAUAGGUUAGGAAAGAGGAGGGUCACGGUAGCGCCUGGGAGAAGGGCUGGACUCCAGAGGUAGGCUGGGUGUAGGGCAUCCCCCUUCAGGUUGCUGUUUGAGGGAGAAGGCCAGCUCCGUGAUGUAGUCCUGGAACCAGGAGGGCAAACUGUGAGCCACCGGCCUCUCCGUCAGCUUCAGCCGGGGGCGAUGCAUCCUCCAGGUUUCUGGCAGGCGAGACAUACAGGGGUGCUGCACACCUGUGGGCUCAGUCUGCUUGGAGGACAAUUGGCCCAGCCAGAGGGAGGAGGCAGAGAAGUUCUCCUGUGACUCACUCAGCCAGGGACAGUGCUGUCCACAGGGAAAGGAGGAAAGGCAGCCUUUGCACCCAGGGCUAAUCCCACUGUUUUGGAAGUGCCCCUCCCACCUUUGCGGCAUGGUUCCAAGCACUGGUGGGGAAUGCGCUCUCAGCCCGACAGAACUACUGAUGUGAAAGAGGGGACUGUUAGAUCACCUGGCGCCUGGGAGGAAGCAGGGCUAAGCCCGUGAUCUUCCCAGUGGAUGGGAACAAGUGUCACCCCUUUGAAUUGUGUGAACCAAAGCCUCAAGGGCGUGGCCCUAAUCAGCUCGGCCCAGCCCUGCUUCAGGGCCAAGACCAUGCCUGGGUACCCAGGGUAGGGGAGGUGAAAGGACCAUGGGAACGCCUCUGACCCCACAGUGCCCUCCCAGCCCAUGGGCACCCUCCCCCAUCAGUCUGGCUGCUGACCUGUACUCCAGGGGUUUUGCUCUACCAAGAUGCUCUAGACAACAUUCAGCUACUUCCAAGGCCAGAGUGUUCUCCUUCGGGUCCUCCUAGGGUCCCCCUAGGUCUCUGGAUGCCCACUGGGCUCAUGGAGCUGAUGGUGUCCAGGAUAAGGAGUGGGCAGGGGAACAGGGUUGUUAAGGAAACCGGUAGGUAGAUGGAGUCGAUUGGUAUUGCUUGAUGGCUGGGACUCUUCUCGGGAAGGCCAGAAGACCUUUACUAUCAAAAUGAUUCUUUUGAACCCAGCUCUGCCCCACCCUCUCCCAGACCCCUUCCCUGGGUCUUAAAAGGAGACUUUAAUCAGUGCCCACCCCAAGAUCCCAGAGGAGCAGGGAGACCCGUCUUGUCCCACUCUCACCUUCAGAAGUCUGAAAAGCCCUCAUCCCCCUCCUCUGUCUAGGUUCCCUUCCUGUGCCCGCAGAGAGGGGCUGGUCCUUCCCCUCGGUGCUGGCUUUAGUCACAAUGCCUCAAAAGACAUGGAACCCAGGCUGAAAACAGUCCCAACUGCUAAUGUUUUUCUUUCAUUUUGCUUUCUAAAAGCAGUUGUUAUACUGUUCAUAACAUUGUAUAGUUUAAUUUCAUGUCAUUUUGGAUCUUAUAUAAAAAUGUGAGAAUUUGGAUUUUUAAAAAGAAUGAUUCCAUUUUAGAUAGCCCUUUUGAUGUUAAUAUAUAGUGAGUCCAAUGUAUGCUUUAGAAGUAAAGACAUUGACCUUCACAG